AUGGGCAAAACACCACGAGUCUUUCUGAUACGCCAUGGCGAGACGGAGUGGUCCCUCAAUGGCCGUCACACGGGGACCAGCGAUAUUCCCCUCACAGCCAACGGAGAGGCUCGCAUCAGAGCAACUGGACAAGCGUUGGUAGGCCACGAUCGAUUGAUUGUGCCCAAACAGCUGGCUCAUAUCUACGUUUCCCCUCGCAAGCGUGCUCAACGCACCUUUGAGCUCCUGAAUCUUGGUAUCCCCGCUGAGCAACUCCCUUGGACACUGCAUGGCGAGCAACCCAGCAAGCGCGAAGAACUGUCCAACUGUGGUGCGCGUGUCGAAAUCACAGAGGACAUUCGCGAAUGGGACUAUGGAGACUACGAAGGCGUGACUAGCCCUGAUAUCAGGAAACUUCGAGCUGAGCAGGGGCUGGACGAGGGCAAGGGAAGGACAUGGGACAUCUGGAGAGAUGGAUGCCCUGGUGGCGAGAUGCCCGACGACGUCACAGCCCGUCUUGAUCGCCUCAUCGAAGAUCUCCGCACCAAGUACCAUGGCCCCUGUAUGGACGGUGAUGCUCCUAAAGGCGACGUCCUCAUCGUAGCACACGGCCAUAUUCUCCGUGCCUUUGCCAUGCGCUGGGCCAACAAGACACUACAGGAUGGCCCGGCGUUCUUACUUGAGGCUGGUGGCGUUGGUACCUUGAGUUACGAGCACAGCAACAUUGACGAACCCGCUAUCCUCUUGGGCGGUGCUUUCGUUGUUGACAUUGCGGAAAAGGGACUGCAAUAA